UUGGGGCUGGCGCACGCGGCAAAUUCUAGCGUGGCUCCGCUGGCGGGCCCGUCCGGACCCCCGAAAUCUUUGCCUUCCACCCUGGCGCCCCCCAGCCCUGGCUCUCCAUCCUCGCUGCCCCGGGCCUCUUGUGGGCUCAGUGGGCUCAAUAUGUGCGGCGCUGCCUCCAUGUUGACCAAAUCGCCGGCUCCACUGCUCCCCGAGACCCCCAUGCCGCCAGGAGGCAAGGAUCGCGAAGCGUUCGAGGCCGAGUACCGCCUUGGCCCCGUCCUAGGGAAGGGGGGAUUCGGCACGGUCUUCGCCGGACACCGCGUUUCCGAUCGACUCCAGGUGGCCAUCAAAGUGAUCCCCCGGAACCGUGUGCUGGACUGGUCCCCCUUGCCUGAUUCUGGCACAUGCCCACUGGAAGUGGCCCUGCUGUGGAAAGUGGGUGCUGGCGGUGGACAUCCUGGUGUGAUCCGCCUCCUCGACUGGUUUGAGACAGCUGAGGGCUUCAUGCUGGUCCUUGAGCGCCCUUUGCCAGCCCAGGAUCUCUUUGACUACAUCACAGAGCAGGGUCCACUGGGUGAAAACCGAAGCCGCAGCCUCUUUGCCCAAGUAGUGGCAGCGGUUCGGCACUGCCAUGCCCGUGGUGUUGUCCACCGUGACAUCAAGGAUGAAAACAUCUUGAUGGACCUCCGCCGGGGCUGUGCCAAACUCAUUGAUUUUGGUUCCGGUGCCCUGCUUCAUGAUGAACCAUAUACCGACUUUGAUGGAACACGGGUGUACAGCCCCCCUGAGUGGAUCUCCCGUCACCAGUACCAUGCCCUCCCGGCCACGGUUUGGUCACUGGGCAUCCUCCUCUAUGAUAUGGUAUGUGGGGAUAUCCCGUUCGAGAAGGACCAGGAGAUUCUGGAGGCUGAGCUCCACUUCCCAGCCCAUGUCUCUUCUGACUGCAGUGCCCUAAUUCGCCGAUGCCUGGCCUCCAAACCAUCUGAGUGCCCUUCGCUGGAGGAGAUCCUGAUGGACCCCUGGAUGAAGGCAGCAGUCGAAGACAAAUCCCUCGAUGAUGCCCUCAAAAAAGGGGGUUCUAACCCUCUACCUUGGUCCCUGUUGCCAUAGUCAUGGCCAGGCCCCCCCACCCCUGCCUCCCACCCCCACCCCUCACCCACCCCUGGUUGGAAUAGCCAUCCCAUGGUCGUGCCACAGGGAUAGAUGGACCAACAUCGGUUGACUUGGUUUUACAGGUCUUUACAAAUCCAGUGUUAAUAGGGUCAGAGAUUGGGGGAUAGGGGUCAGAAGGACCUAAGCCAAAUCUGUCCCAACCCCCCUCCCAAUCCUUGCAAGGAGCCUUCCUCCCAGAUCUUGUGGUCUCUUCUUCUGGAGAGGGAAUUUCAGAGCUUUUUCUUUUGCUAGAGAUGUUGAUUUUGUCCACGUUCCUGUCUGUUCUGAGCCCCUACCCCCCUCCCCAACUCCCACCCCGGGAUUCUGUCUCUGUUGAAGUGUAGCUGCUCAAGUUACCCUCCCUGCUACCACCACGGGGAUUCAGUUCUAAUGCUGUUUGGGCAAGGGUGCUUUUUUUCCACUUCCCCAGCGCAAAGGGACUCUUAGCCUAGGAUCGUUCAUUCAGUCAGGCUGCUCACCUACCUCAGCCCAGGGUUGCUUAUUCUGGGGGAGGUAAUGCCCUCUCAUUUUCCCUGGGCUCAUGCUCUCGCUUCCAUUCC